ACUACUCCAAGCACACCACGUUAUAGCCGCCACUCUGACCAGCAACAGUACAUCGGCGGCGCAGACAACAGAGGCUAUAAAAUUCCAACUUCGAAAAGCAGACAGAAGGAGAAAAAAAAGUUCAAGCUCUCACCUCAUCCAUGGCGGCUUCAUCCCCUAGUUCUCCUUGCUUCUCAUACUCUAGGAAUUGUUUCUCUCCCAACCAAAAAACCCCUUCUUUCUCUUCAAAUCUCCCCACUUCCCUGAACCACCGCCCCUUCAAACACCUAAUUUCCUCACCUAUUUCCCACAUUCGCCAUGCCGCCUCCGCCACCAUCCACGGCAACUGCUACGUCGUCGGUGACAACAUCGACACCGACCAAAUCAUCCCCACCGAGUACCUAACCCUCGUCCCCUCCAACCCCGACGAGUACAGGAAGCUCGGAUCCUACGCCUUCAUCGGCCUCCCCUCCUCCUACCGGACCCGAUUCGUCGAUCCCGGUGAGCACAAGUCCAAAUUCUCCGUCGUCAUCGCCGGCGCCAACUUCGGCUGCGGCUCUUCCCGCGAGCACGCCCCGGCGGCGCUACGGUCGGCCGGCGCGGGGGCAGUGGUGGCAGAGUCCUACGCCAGGAUAUUCUUCAGGAACUCGGUGGUGACUGGCGAGGUGUACCCCUUGGAGUCGGAGGGGAAGAUCGGUGAGGAGUGCCGGACAGGCGACGUGGUGACGAUCGAGAUGGGAGAGGGGUGCAGCAGCAGCAGCAGCAGCAGCAGGCUGAUUAAUCAUACGACGGGGAAGGAGUACAAGCUGAAGCCGGCGGGGGACGCCGGGCCGGUGAUCGAGGCCGGCGGGAUUUUCGCCUAUGCCAGGAAGAGUGGGAUGAUUCCUCCUCCACCGCAGUAGGCUGAAGGCUGCUGCUGCUUAAACUGGAGCAUAAACAUAAUAAUGCUCGACUUAUAUGCUUCUUUUUUGUUUUUGUUUUUCAAUCUUAAUUCUUAGAUCUCUAUUGUGUUGUGUUGUGUUGUGUAAUUGGAAUGUGGGUUUGAGUGCUUUACGGAUGUGCAAGGAGUGGGAGUCUUGUCUUAUUAUUCUGGAAUAAAAAGUUUUGAGUUAUAAUGAA